GACCAAUUUGUCAAGAUAUUUUUUUUGGUGUAUAGGAGCGUAUUAACAUCGGAUAGGAAAUACAAAUAAUAAGUCGAACAACGCAAUAGAUAAUUAUUUUCGUGCAAUUUAAAAUCAUCACUUUAGUUGUCGACCAUUGAUUUAAUAUAAAUUUAUUACUAUAAAUAGCAUUGUUGUUCCGACAUCCUCAAUUUCAUUUUGGUAAAUAAUUUGGUUUUAGCAACAAAUUCAGAAAUAGGAAACGCAAUCCUAUUCUUUGCUUGAUAACCAAGAAAAGCUGUCACUUGGCUAAUGGGUCUGAUGAUCAUUAUCAGUUCGAGAGAAACAUGAUUCUAUGAUCUCCAUGACCGGACCUCUCAGGAAGCUCAAAUUCCUUAACGUGGCAAGCGGCAAAAGCACCGCUAACUGGAAAAAAUAAACAUAAAGAGAGCAUGCUUGACAACGCAAAGACCACGUUUUAUCGAAACUCUUGAACAAUCAGCCACCUGGAAUGAACCCCUCUGGUUUUUGUAGUGAUAGUUUAACAUCCCAAGGCUUUCAACCCCUCCAAUCAGAUUCCAAAUCAUCCGUUGCAUGCAAUAGGACAAGACCAGCUAACACGUGGACGACCGCCAAAAUUAACCGACCGAAACCAAAAGCCAAAAUGGGAGUGUCGUAAAAUGGAAGGGGCAAAGACAUAAAACGGCCAAACCAAUCCUGAUAGGUGUAGCCACGCAUGGCCGCCAACGCCACACACGUUGUAACCAGAGGGCGAUUUUUAUUGGUCUAAGAGCGGUUCAAGUUGAGUCUGGGAUCGAAUUCUAAGGCUCGCCUGUCAAAAAUUUUGCUCGCCUAGUGCUUUGAGUUUCGGGUGAACUUCGAAGUAUGAUGUGUUGGCAUGCAUGGACCCACUUGCUACUGUAAAUCCCACAUGUCCGUAUCUUCUAAGCCCCUCAAACACGUACUAUCAUUCAAUAUCCAAAUGUCAAAGUCUCCUGUCUCUUUGUUUCAUGUUGCCUGGCACUCAUCGGCUGAUUUCUGCUCUUUAAAACUACCCCCUCAAAAGCCUAUCACCCCUUCAAUUACUUAUUUUGUAACCCCUUUUCUUCUUCUUCUCCUUCUGCCUUGUGUGUUGAGACAUACUCUUCAUUAAGAGAUCUUUCACAACAGCAGUGGGUUCAAUUUGGGGUGUGAAAAUUGAGAGGAAGAAGGCACCAUGAUUAAGACGUUAAAUCCUUACUCCACAGCUAAAACAGCUGAAAUUAUGUCCAGGUACAGGCCUAUAGCGCCGAAGCCUGAGGUGCCUGCAAACUCCAUGAAUGAGAGCUCAGCAAUGUCUCAGAAGAUCAGGCAGUCUCCUUAUCUGAGGAAUUUGUGGCCUCAGCUUCAGGCUAGGCCUACUAGGACUAGAAAGAGAGGUAGAGCUGCUUUAUCACCGCCAACACUCAAGAGAGCAAGGACCCAUGUCCUAGGGCUUUCUUCACCUAGUCCUGUAACAUCGCCUGCUAAAAACCUCUCUUUGCAAGGUUUUUCUCAUGGGAUUCCUCAGCCUUCUGUACCUAAUUUUGUAACCACUGGUGGAGGCUUGGAGAGUUCUUCUACACCACCAGCAAAUUUGGUGACACUUCCCCUCCUUCCAUGUCCUCCCUCGGUUCCUGUUCGUGCCAACAAGGCAACAGUACCUGCAGUCAAUUGCAUGGAACCUUGUGGAGGAGAAAAGGUGAUAGAUUUGAACAAAGUUGCUGAAAUUCCGGAAGAGAAGGAUCUGUUGAUGCACUUCCAAGGUCCUCCCAUCAGCAGCGUCAUAGCACCUCAGCCAAUUCGACCAGUGGGCUCCAGCAUCUGUGUUGGAUGCAUCAAUGAGGAUCCAAGCCUAACCUCACCAAUGCAAGUUCCAAAGAAACCAGAGGAGGUUGAAGAAGAUGUUGAGUCCGAGGCCUUGCCAGCAGUGAUAUCUGACUCAAACAAUAAAGUCAGACUAGCAAAUUCUGCUUAUAAAGAGAUGGUGGGUCAACCAGAAUGUCCAUGGCUCGAUUCUAUGGUAACAGGUAAAGGAAGAGCCGCAGGCAACUCAUGCAAGAGAAUCUGUGGAGAAGUGAUGCUUCAUCUAUCUGAUUCGAAGGUGCCAGUUAAAUCAAACGGGUUUUCAUGCUGGGCGAGGAUUGAGUGGGGAAGUGAAGGGAGGAAGAGCUCAGUCAAAGCUUUCUGUGAUGUGAUCAGAUUAUCAUGUCAGUCAAAGGACUACCUAUUCACAUGGAGGUUCCAUACCCACAACAGGAAAGCAUCUCAGCCUAGGAUGUUUGAAAUUUGAAAAUGUACACCGCUGGUUUACUGCAAAUGCACCUUAACUAGCUAGUACUAUAUGUAUAGAUGAGACAUAUAUAUCAAGUAUAUAGUGUAGUAGUCAGCAUCUUUUGUGUAGCUAUAUAUAUAUAUAUAUAUGCCAGGUUUUUACUCCACGUACUUUAACUUUGUGUUUGGCUCUAUGCAAUUUGUUCAGGCAACCCCCAAAAAAAGGUUGGAGAAGGGCAAUUACUGGCAGAGCUAAUAUCUUGAGUCUACCAUAGAUCCACAAAUAUGUUUCUUAUAUAGUUGUAAAUACUAUAAGAUUCUGUCAUCUGGCAAUUUCUAAUUUGCUAUUUAUUUUUAUUUAUCACCCUUUACAGUACAAUUAUGACGAUGUAUCAGAAGCAAAGUACAAUAUUGAUGCGGUACUAUGAUGAACUAUGAUAACUCAUGGCGUCAUGGGUUAUUCAGAGAAAUCAAAAUUUUAAUCAU